AUGUUUAAAUUGGCAAAGCAUUCCGUUCGCUCCAUUAAAGAAGUGCAACACAAAUCUUCCUUGUUGCUUGCAACAUCCCUGAAGAACAGUGUCCAAAUUACUUCUAGAACAAUAGGAUCAUCAUAUUACAACUAUUCAACACAAUCCAAUCAACUUUUAAAUUCACAUGUCUACAAAACCAAUAAUUGUGAUAAGGAACGACAUAUUCUGGAUAGAAGAAAUUUGUCUCCGAAUGAACAAAUCAUGUUGACUCCCUCUCUGAAAAAGUAUGGCAAUGGUUUGGUGUUUAGAGUUGCGCAUAUUAAAAUUGAAAAGGCUUUUAAUUUUGAUGGAGUAUUGAGAAGGGCUGUUGAUAGAGUUCAAAAGGGACAGCCUCUAUUGAGAAGUAGAAUUAUUAGAAAUCCAAAGGGUUCAAAACUGGCUUUUUCUUUUGAAUUGAUGGAUGAUCAAUAUCUUCCUCUCAUUCCAAUUGUUAAUUUAGAGGGAGAAAUGAAAGAGUUUGAGAAGAAUGAAAAUCCAAUGCAGGAAUAUAUUGAACAGGUACUCACACAAAAGAGUUACGAUUUGGAGAAGGAUUUUCAAUUGGAAUUGUAUUAUUAUAUGAAUGGAAAUGAUUUGUAUUUGAUUGUGAGAUAUAAUCAUAGUAUAGGAGACGGAAUUUCAAUUUCCAAUUUUAUAGGACAAGUAUUGAGAGAAUGUGAAAAUGUGAGUAUGGAAAGAGAAACAGAACAAGUGGAAAUUAAGAAACUACUUGCAUCUACUGAUGAAAUAAUAAUGGAUUCAAGAUUAAACUCAUUCUCAGCCAAGUGGAAAUCUUUGAAAUAUGCCUUUCCAUUUAUCAAGGAGAUGAUAUUCAACAAACCUAACCAAUAUUUAAUCCAAUUCGAUAGGAGACACGAGCACAAGACAGUUAGCAUGGUGAAGUUAGAAUUUGAAGGGGACACUCUAAAGCACUUUAGAAAUUUUACCAAACAACAUGGCGUCUCAAUUAAUUCAUGCCUUAUUCCAUUACUUUCACUCGCCUAUUUGAAAGCUGCUAGAGAGCAUGACAAAAAUCCAUUGCAUCCAAAUAGUUGUGUUAGAGUGGGUUAUCCAACUGGAUUAAGCAAAAUUCCUCACCUUUCUCAAGUUCUGGAUGGAAACACUCUUUCCUUACAUGUGGGUGUUUUCAUUGAGGAUUUAAAAUUCGAUUCCUGUUAUGAUGUGAAGAAAACCAUCGUCAGUCAUGCAAAACAAAUUCUCUCUAAUCACGCAGCCAAUUUUGAAAACCAAUUUAUUUUGACAAAUGUUCUUCAAUCUCCUCUCACUAGAGAAACAGCCAUGGCCAAAACAUUAGAAAAUAAUGAUGUUUUCCUUGCUGGACUACCUGUUAACUUUAUAGUGACGAAUAAUGGUCAACUUGAUUCUGUGAAAAGAAGUUAUCAACUUUCUUCUACCCCAUUGACUAUUCACUCCAUGUACACAAUUGCAAACACAUCAGCAUUGGCUGGAUGCUUAGCAUGUGGCGCUCUCACACUCCCUCCUAAUGAGAAACACUCUGCCAAGCUCAUUAUUUCUCUUUCUUGCAUGGAACCAAUCAUAUCAAGAGAUGCUCUUCAUUCCAUUCAACGAAAUCUCCAAGAAUUAUUUGAAACACUAUUCACAUUUUCUGACUAG